GACAUAUGGAGUGGAUGGACCUACGGGUGGACGGAUGGAAAGACAGACAUAUCAACUGGACGUACAGACGGGCUGAACGGACAAACAGACAAACGGAUAGAUGGACGUGCACAUGGAUGGACGGACAGAUGGACAUACCGACUGGACGGACGGAGGGAUGGAGUGCAUACAUAUAACAUACUUUACCGUAACUCCCUAAAAGGGCUUUUCAGUUACAAGACAAAUAUUGAUUGGACCCUUUAGUUCUUUCGGUAUAUCAAGCUUCCCUUAAUUGACGGACGGACAGAGUGACAGAUUGAAUGGACCCACAGGCAGACGGACUAGACAGAUGGACAACGAUGUCGACUACAUCUGAUCAUUUUCUUUAAUCUCAAAUCUAUAAUCUAAAACUUAAUCUAUAAUCAAAACAGUCUAAGCAUUCAUGUCUCUUUCCCGAAAGCUCAUGUGGAGAUCUCAUGCAAGCGUAGGAUGUGGAUAUGCCAUGAAUCACGAAAGCGGCAAUGUUACCACCGUCGUGGUUGCAGCAUAUGAGCCCGUUGCAAUCGCAGACAAUAUUGAUGACUUCAUCGAAAAUGUUCUACCACCCAAUUAG